AUGGAUGCUUUAGCCUCCUAUGGUGGAUCAUCAGAGGAAGAGUCGAGUUCCCCUCAAAAUUCACCAAAGUUAAUUGCGUCAUCGUCUCUUGUCCCAAGUGUUAACCCGACUGCACCGGUUGAAAUAAAGGAGGAUAUUCUCAAAAUCGUUCCUGUUGAUCCUUACUCGAAUGAGCUGACACACAAUCCCCGCUACGACCAAUUAUUUGCUCCCCAAGUAAUCAUUUAUCAUAUUGACUUCCCUCUCGUUGGCAUUAGCUAUUCUGAGGAUCCCAGCGUGCUUGGCGUCAACAAGGGUAGAGUUGUUGGUUCUCCCGAGCGUGUUGAUGACUCUGAAGGU